AUGGUUCUCUCCAUCCGCUCCAGCGUGGACAGCAUAUCCAGUCGACUGAGCGGCGAGAAACCUCUGCCUCGACCAACCUACUACUGCCAGAUGAAUCCCCAGGAGCAGGCCAUAUGGGCUAUUAUCGGCGAGGAAAAGUACGAAUACAUACGCGACACCAAAGGCCGUGUACAUAGGCAUCGCCUCACCUACGUUGAGCGCGCUCAGCGCCAGCGUGCAUUCUACGACUCGCGUGUCGGCCAUGCGAUUGUCGGCGACGAGUGGAUGCGAAUGAAGCUUCCAACUCGCCGUGUCCGCUAG